AGAAAGUUGCGGUCUAUCUCCCAAAGGCGAAAUAAAAGCUCGUGUCGUCAGCUCUCUAGCUUUUGACGGUUUCUCUUCUACAGAAAUGGCUCUGAUUCCUCGAAUCUCCGGUCAGAGGAGCAACGUCUUCGACCCCUUCUCCCUCGACGUCUGGGACCCUUUUCAGGGCUGGCCUUUCGACUCUUCUCGCUCGCUAGCCGAUCCGCCAGCCCGCAUCGACUGGAAAGAGACGCCCGAGGCCCACGUCUUCAAGGCCGACCUCCCGGGGAUGAAGAAGGAAGAGGUGAAGGUUGAGGUCGAGGAAGGAAGGGUUCUGCAGAUCAGCGGAGAGCGGAGCAAGGAGCAAGAGGAGAAGAAUGACAGGUGGCACAGGGUCGAGAGGAGCAGCGGCAAGUUCUUGAGGAGGUUCAGGCUGCCAGAGAACGCGAAGAUGGAUCAGGUGAAGGCGACAAUGGAGAACGGCGUGCUCACGGUGACCGUGCCGAAGGAGGAAGUCAAGAAGCCCGAGGUGAAAGCCAUUGAAAUUUCUGGCUAGAAAGUCAGUAGAAUCCAUCGCUUGGUUUUAAUUCUGAGUUUCUUUUGGGAUUAUGUGAGUCUGGUCCAAGGUUUGUGUGAGCGUCUAGCGUCUCGAGUCUGUGUGACGUAGGGUCUCUACGUACUUACCAUUCUGAUGGGUAGAAAGGUCUUACUUGUGAUGCGGAUUGGGGCAAGGUUUAAGAUUUAAAAAUAGAAAGCUUAACGUCAAUUCGGAUUCAAUUAGAAAGUACGGUGUUCUUGAUAUUGUGAAUUUUGGUGAGUACUCAAAUCUGGAUGAGAUCUAAAAUAUGAAGUGGGUAGAUUCUGAAGUCAUCAAUAACUUUUCAGAGUUGUAUGGUAACGCCUUGGUCGAGGGAGAUCACAACUUAUUAAGGGCUGAACAGAAGAGAUCUGGUGGCGGUGAUACACGAUCGAACCAUGAGAGCUGAUUGAGCCUCAUCGAAGCUCGGGCAUGAUUGAAUCUAGUUGACAAAGAGGUAUGAGAGCAAGGGCAGCAACCUCUGAAGGAGCCUAUCAAGGCUGACGUGGCCGUGGAGCUUGGCAUCCCUCCCUCCAGCAAACUCCCAACGCCUCCCAAGCCCCUCUCCUAAGGCUGAGCUGGCGUUGGGGAGCUUCCGAACUCCCAAGCGCUCCACAAAUUUGUGGAGCGCUUGGGAGCUCCCAACUACAGCAGAAUUUUACAAAAAACCCUCUUUAACAAAAACCCUUACCAGCGAUGAUGUCGAGGGUUUGGCGGCAACGAUGAUGUCGAGGGUUUGGCAGCGAAGAGGCCUCCGACGCCGUUGCCAGCGAUGAUGUCGAGGGUUUGGCGGCAAAGAGCAGGAUGCAGGUCGUCAUCGAAGGGUGUGAUGACGUCGUCGCCGAAGGGUGUGCGGUCGUCGUCGCCGAAACUUGCUCGUCGCCGCCGAAGAUGGGGUCGCGGUCGUCGUCGCCGAAGAUGAGGAACUGCGGAAGUGAGAUUUGGGUUUGAGAUUUGAGAUCUGAGGGUUUAAUUUGGGGAUUUUAUUAUCGGGUGGGGUGUUUGUUUGAGAACUGUUGAUAUCCGUUAUAAAAUAAUUAUGUAUAAUGUUUGAGAAGCUAUUGAUAGUUGAUAUUUUACCGUUGAGUUGAAAG